AUGGUCUCACUUCGCUCAGCCCUCGGUCUGGCCGUUUGGCUGACCGCCGCUCAUGCCCAGAGUUCUGGCCGGGCCGGACAUGGCAUGAUUGGUCUUGGCAUCCCCAUGUACGAGCCCGCGUGCGCUCAUGCCUGCCGUGGAGGCAGUCCCCGGGCCGCCAUCGACUGCGGCAACGGCGAGGAACAUGCUGCAGGCCACCACGGAGGUGUAGCUGUGACACCAGAAUGCAUGGCCACCAGCGAGCCGUGGCUGAAGACAGUGGCAUACUGCAUCUACCAGCAUUGCAAGGACAUCGACAACUCGACGCUCGAGCGGUACUGGCAGACUGAGCUGAUCAGCAGGCACGAUGAGCCUCAAGCAAAGUGGUCGUACCAAGAGUCUUUGCACCACGUCCUCGAAGGCGAUGUUCCUACUAAGGUGUUGGAGGAAGACGGCGUUCUCAACAGAACAGUCCUCGUCGAUGAAGAGUCUUAUAUCGCCACGGCGAAUGGAAACACCGGUUUUGGCAACACCGAAAGGUGGCACGUCAACUUCAACCUUAUUGUUCUCCUCACUGGUGCCGGAAUCCCCAUUCUCUGCUCGCUCCUGAGGUUUGUUCCGUUUCCCGAGUCCGUCGUCAGCAAAUUCUACGCCUACAUCAUCGAGCCCCCUGUCCUCGGCUCUAGUCAUAAUGUCCCUGUACUCAAGAACUUGGCCAUUGUUCCCACAAGAGGGCAGGCCCUGUUCCUUGUGUACAUCUCUGUCAUCAACAUUAUCGGGUCCUUCGUCAUGCUCGACCAAAAGUCGCCCAACUCGUGGUGGGGAAGCAAGCAGGAAGAGUUCUUGUCUCUGUAUUCCAACCGCGUGGGCAUGCUAUCAUUUGCAAACCUUCCGCUGCUCAUUCUCUACGCUGGCCGGAACAACAUCCUCCUGUGGAUCACCAAUUGGUCGCACUCAACAUUCCUGCUCCUCCAUCGCUGGGUUGCCUUUAUCUGCAUGCUGGAGGCUGUUCUACACUCGGCUGUGUACCUUGAUGUUCACGUGCGAAUUUACAAGGAUCAUACUGAGAUUGCUUCGGUGGAGUACUGGUACUGGGGUAUCAUCGCGACGCUUGCGUUGGUCCUCAUUAUCCCGUUCUCGGUUCUUCCUCUUCGCCAACGGCUGUAUGAAUUCUUCCACGCCGCUCAUAUUGUUCUUGCCAUCAUAACUAUUGUUGGAUGCUGGUAUCACAUCAUCGAAGCUUGGGUGCUCAUGGCUAUCGGCAUCUGGGUCUUUGACUGGUUCGUGCGUGUUGUCCGCAUCGUGCAGAACGGCGUCAAGACGGCAUAUGUGACCAAGAUUGACGAUGACUAUCUUCGAGUCGAUAUUCCAGGCCUCGAUUCGCACGGCCAUGUUUAUCUGUACUUCCCCACACUCAAUUGGCGCUUGUGGGAAAGCCACCCGUUCUCCGUCAUUGGCAACAGCAACCUCGGCUCCGGAUCUGCCGUAACCAACACUGGUGAAAUCUCUCCUCAGGAUUCUGAAAAGGUCUCGCCAAAUGUUCACGACGGACCCGUGGAUGCUUCGUCUUCAUCAGCCUCGUCUCGGGCCUCGGUGCGCCACGGCCCCGCCGGAACGACACUCUACAUCCGGCUGCAGACGGGCACAACCUCGUCCCUCGCUCAAAAGGCCGGCUCCGCCAUCGGUGUUCCUGUGUUGGUUGAGUCGAGCUAUGGCAGCGAGUCGCUCUACCCCGGUGACGGCCACGCCCAACCAUCUACCGCGUAUCCCAACCUCAUUACCAUCGCCGGUGGCGUCGGCAUCACUGCCGUUCUUCCCGUCUUGAGCAAUGCCCAGUCCCUGAAUGCCCCGCUCGGUACCAAGAAACUCUUCUGGGGCGUCCGCGCCAGCUCAACCGGGCUUGUCACCUCGGUCCAGAGCAUCAUCGCCUCGUCGAGUGUGUCCGCCGAAGAAAAGUUGACGCCUGUCCCUGGUCGCAAUCUGACGAGGUGGGGCGACGUUGACGUCGAGGUUACUGUGGGAGAGAGGUUCAACUUCCGGGCGUUGCUGGAGGCGGAGCUCAGCGGGCAGGCUGCCAAGGUUGGCACGACGGUCAUGGUCUGCGGACCGGCGGGCAUGGCUGACGAAGUGAGGAAUGUCGUCACUGCGUUGGGUCGGCACGGGGCUGUUGUCCGCUAUGUCGAGGAGGCAUUUGCUUGGUGA